AUAUCCCUCAGAACUCGUUUCAGUGUCCUCCAGAUUCUCUCUCUCUCUCCAUAAAAGGCCCAUCUCUGCUCUUUUGCCACCCACACAAACACAAACACAAACAAUCCAUACCCAAUUCCACAUUCUUCUUUGCUGUCCAUUUUCUCAACUCUUUUAAUCUUUAUCUUCUUCUUUCUCGAAUAUUGAUCAUAACUAACCAAAAGCAAAGCAGAACAAAACAAAGAAGAACGAAACCUAAAUUACCCACUUCCCAUUUCCCAAAAUGCCAUCAGACUCUUCUUCCACUGAAACUAGAAGAUUAACUAAACCCCAUAACACAGGAGCUCCACCGCCAGACCAAGAACACCUUCCAUGCCCGCGCUGCGAUUCUACUAACACUAAGUUCUGCUAUUACAACAACUAUAAUUUUUCCCAGCCUCGUCAUUUCUGUAAGUCUUGUCGCCGUUACUGGACCCACGGCGGCACCCUUCGUGACAUUCCGGUUGGUGGUGGCACUCGGAAAAAUGCUAAAAGAUCACGCACCACUUCUAGUGGUUGUACUGUAGUAGGUCCUAUGACGGCCAACACAGGUGACCAUAACCUUCCAUUACCGGCUACACCAGUACUGGUCCCACUUAUGGCCAAUCAAGCAACUUCUAUACAGUUUGGCUGCGGUGGCGGUGAUGGGAAGGGUAAUGUGUGUGGUUCUAGUGGUAAUUCUACAGUAUCUGGUAGCUUUACUUCUUUGUUGAAUACUCAGGGUCCUGGAUUUCUAGCAUUGAGUGGGUUUGGGCUUGGACUUGGAUCUGGGUUUGAAGAUAUGGGCUUUGGGCUUGCAAGAGGAGUCUGGCCUUUUCCCGGUGUAGGAGAUGGUGGUGCUGGCGGUGUUGGUAGCAAUGGCGGUUCUGCUGGAGGAAUGAGUAACACGUGGCAAUUUGAGAGUGGUGAUAAUGGAUUUGUAGGUGGGGAUUGCUUUUCUUGGCCAGAUCUUGCUAUUUCAACUCCAGGAAAUGGUCUUAAAUGAGAUAUUGUUCUUUUAGUAGUUCUUGUUUUUUCUCUGAUGGGUUUAGACCCAAUUCUAGGAAAAAAAAAAAAAAAAAAAAAUUAAAGAACCUUGUUUGAUGGGUUUAGUUAAUUAAUUACUACUUACUAUUAAGUGUUGAGAAGAUAAUUAGGUUUGAAAUUAGAAAGAAAAAUAUGUAACUUUUCUUUACUCUAUUUCAUGUGAUUUUGUUAGUUUGAUG